GUGAAGAACGCCAACAUCUCCUCCCUCGUUCACGAAAUCCGAAUCGUCAGACAUGCAUGGGUUUUCGUGUUCUAACUGAAACAGCAGACCGUCGACAGUCCUAAAACGUCGCCGUUUCGAGUUAUUAGACAUGCAGACGACGCCGGUUUCGCUUCCCUCGCUCCCAACUCGCAACGCCUAGGCUCAGUGGCGCUCACCCACAUAGGGCAGCAACCCAAGCAAGAGGGAGAGAGCGAAAUUCUAGGUUCCUGUCCUCGCAAAAUCGUCGUCUCCUUCGAUUGAACAAUUCCCGAUUCAUCUCGCAUCGAUCGCUGUCGAAUCUUCGAAGAAAUUCGAGGCCUUCUUCGCUCGCCAGAUCUGAGCUCGUUGACAACGCAAUCACCACCUGCGUCGGUUAUGCGAGAUAGAAAUGUCCGAGAAUCAUGAUUCUGAGCAGGCCUUGGAGGGCUCUAGAGCCGAUUCGGACGGCCAGUUACCUGCCCCAGAUGAAGAAGAAUCGAGCGGCUUCGCUGAUUCCGAGCCAUCAAUCGACGCUUAUCGGGAAUCCGAUUGGGGAAAUGAUAGUGCUGAUGGGAGAGAAGCCCCGCUAGAUAGAUCAUCUGCAGAGGUCGAUUUGGUCGAUGCAGAUGAUGGGGUUAAUCAGGUACCAAGUUCUUUGACUCUGAAAAUUGAUCAUGUUGGUCAUGAUGAUGGGGUUGGUGACUCAAAUGAUGCGAAAGUAACAGAAGAUGCUGGAAAAGAGGACAUGUUUGUUGAUGCCCCAGAAGAAUUGACUGUUUAUGAUGGGAAGUAUAAUGAUACUAGGAAAACAUUGGUAGUUAGUGAGUCCGACGAGCGAUUGGAUGAAAAAAAUAAAUUUGUGCAGGAAACUGCCUUUCGGAAUUUUGAUAGUGAAAUGCAGGUUCGUGAAUUAAUGGAUGAGGUGGAACAUUUCCGGGUUAUGCUGGAGCAGGCUGUUGGUGAGAAAGAAAGUAUUGCGCAGGAAUGCGAGAAAGAACGAGAGGUGUUCAUGAAAGAAGUUGCCAAGCUUCACCUGCAGCUCAAGGCUCUAACUGAUCACCAUUCAUUGCUUGUCGAAAGUGAUGGCAGAUUGGUUGAUCAACUCCAGAAGGCCGAAGUUGGAGAUAGUGGGGAAAUGACUUGGAUAUCUGACAAACCAUUGGAUGGGAUGAUAGAUGAGUGUUCAGAGUUUCUUAGAAGUGCUUUAUCCGAACGUUCACAAACUGAUGGCACAAUAAGGGAGCUCCAUGCUAUUCUUUUCAUGAAGAAUCAAGAGAUUGAAGAUCUUAGUGCAAAGGUUACUGAACUUUCAGUAUCACAUGAUGUUGUUGCUUCUUAUUUGAAUUCAGCUCAAGAGACAUGGUCCCAAUCUCUAAACAAAUCCUUGGAAAUUCAGGUUGAAAAGGACCAGCAUAUUCAUUUUGUUGCAAACAGGAUAUUAGCUUCUCUUGCCAUGGUAAUUGAUCAAGAAGAAUUGGCGGAUGAGUCUAUAGCUGGUAAAAUGUCUCAUAUUGAGAAGAAAUCUUCCGUGUUAAUUGAGAACUAUAUGCAGUUUCUUUCUGAGUCAUCAGAGCUCAGACAAAAGGAAGUAGAUCUGGUUGAAAAACUAAGCCAUCUAGAAAGUGAAAAUAAACUAUUACUUGAACAACUUGAGAAGAGCAAAGAAAUAGCAGAGGUGGCGAAUGUACAACUUGGGAAAAUAAGGACUGAGCUUGAUCAGGAAAAGAAUAAAUAUGCUAAUGUAAAAGAAAAGCUUAACUUGGCAGUGACAAAAGGAAAGGCAUUGGUUCAGCAGAGGGAUUCAUUGAGGCAGUCUCUUGCUGAUAAAACAAGUGAGCUUGAAAAAUGUGUGAUUGAAUUGCAAGAAAAAUCGAGCGCACUGGAGGUUGCUGAACUAAGUAAGGUGGAGUUGAUUGAAAGUAAUAAUUUGGUUGCUUCACUGCAGGGAUCACUUUCUCAAAGGGAUGUGAUUCUUGAGAAAUUUGAAGAAAUCCUCUCGCAAACCUCUGUACCUGAGGGACUUCAGUUAGAAGAUAGCAUGGGGAAACUUAGAUGGCUUGUUGAUGCGAGAAAUGAACUAGCUGGUGUGUCCUCAGAGUUCCAGAAACUGAGAGAUGCCUUAUCUUUGAUUGAUUUGCCAGAAAAUGUUUCAUCAUCUGAUUUGGGAUCCAAAAUCAGUUGGCUUGGGGAAUCAUUUUAUGGGACCACUAGUGAAUUGAGUAGGUUGAAAGAUGAAAGUUCUAGAAUGAGGGAAGCAGCAUAUAAUGAGAUUGACCGCAUAACUGCUGCACUUUCGGCAGAAAUACAAGAAAAGGCUUAUCUUCAGAUGGAGUUGGAUGAUCUAACAUGCAAAUAUGAAGAGAUGGUUAAAAAAGAGCGCCAAGUGUCAUUUGAGAAGGAUCAAACUGUGAAGAUGUUGCUUGAGGCUUCUGGGAUUACAAUAGACAAUCAAGAAGAGGUUUAUCAAGCUUCUUUUGACAUGGCUGUGCUCGUAGAGGGAUGCUUUAGGGAGAUCAAGGAGCAAAGUAUUGCCGCUUUCAAAAUUUCCCACAUUGAUGUAGAAACAUAUGAAAGAAUCCAAUGUCUCUUGUACGUAAGGGAUCAAGAGUUGAAUUUAUGUGAGCAAAUAUUAGAAGAAGAGCUUCUGCAGAGAUCAGAGGUGAAUCAUAUUUCAAAUGAGUUAAAAGUAGUAUCUCAAGAACUUCAGGCACUGAAAGAAGGGAGAAGCUCUUUGCUGAAAGACCUUGAACGGUCGGAGGAAAAAUCUGCUUUGUUGAGGGAGAAAUUGUCCAUGGCCGUUAAGAAAGGGAAGGGGCUUGUUCAAGAACGAGAAAACAUGAAAAUUCUUCUGGAUGAAAAGAAAACUGAAAUCGAGAAGUUAAGGCUUAAGUUACAGCAGAAUGAAUCUGCACUUGUUGAAUGCAGGGACCAUGUUAGUAGAUUGUCGACUGAUCUAGAGCGCAUCUCCAAGUUGGAGGCUGAACUUGUUGCCAUGAAAGAUCAAAACAGUCAGCUUGAGCAGUUCUUAGUGGAUGGCAAUGACAGGCUACAAAGGGUGAUUAAGUCCAUUGAUAGUAUCAUUCUUCCAGUUGAUUCGGUUUUUGAAGUGCCUGAAGAAAAAGUGAAAUGGCUUGCUGGGUACUUAAAUGAAUGUCAAUUUGCAAAGACACAUGCAGAGGAGGAGUUAGGGAGACUAAAAGAAGAAGCUGAUACUCUGGCUGGAAAGUUGACAGAAGCUAAGAUGGCUAUUAAAUCACUGGAAGAUACAUUGACAAUUUCAGAGAGCAAUGUUUCUCAACUUGUAGAAGGAAGAAGGGAACUAGAGGUUGGUAAGGCAUAUAUUGAGCAGCAGUUACAGAAAGCAAUAGAGGAAGCUAAUUCCCAAAGUAGCAAAUUUUCUGAGGCUUGUUCGACUAAAAAGUCACUUGAGGACAUGUUAUCACAGGCAGAAAAUAAUAUUUGUGAGCUUAGCCGUGAGAAAGAAGAUGCUCAGGCUGGUAGAGCUGCUGCAGAGACAGAGCUUGAGAAAGUGAAAGAGGACAUUGCUAUUCAGACCAGUAAGCUAACAGAGGCAUACAAGCAUAUAAAAUCUCUAGAAGAUGAACUUUCUCAAGUGAAGACCAAUGUAGCUUUGCUUGCUGAAGAAAAGAAUGAUGUGCAAGUUGGUAGAACAAGCUUGGAGGAUGAGCUAAAGAAGCUGAAAGAGGAAGCUAGUUCACAUGCUGGCAAGUUGGCAGAUGCCCAAGAAAAUAUAAAAUCACUAGAAGAGGUAUCACUGAAGGCAGAAAAUAAUAUUUCUGUUCUUGUUGGUGAAAAAAAUAUUGCCGAACAGGAGAUUUUAACCCUAAACUCUAAGUUGAAUGCAUGCAUGGAAGAGUUGGCUGGAACACGUGGCAAUGUAGAAAGCAGGUCUCAGGAGCUCUUUUCCCACCUUAACAGCCUUCAAAUGCUUAUGAAAGAUGAGACUUUGUUGUCCUUACUGAGAAGAACCUUUGAGGAAAAAAUUAACAGCUUGAAAGACAUGGACCUCCUCCUUAGAAACAUAAGGAAUCAGUUAGUUCAUACGGGGUCAGGAUUGCUGGAAAAUCAUCAUUUUGCUGAGGUAGAUUCCUACGCAGCAAAACUUAUCUCGGAGAGCCCUGAAAAUAUUAUGAGUGUGGAAAUAGAUGAUGGAAACUUGGAUGUGGCAGAUGGUGACAACAUCUCAUCAUGUCUUAUAAAGACAGUGGAAGGGUUCCAUUUGAGAAACAAAACUCUUAUUGACAAGUUUGAAGGCUUCUCUACUUUUAUGGAUGAUUUUAUUGCAUCUCUGCUGGGAGAAUUACAGGCAACAAAGCAUGAAGUAAUUGUUAUGCUUGAGCACUUGGAAUCCUUGAAGCAGAAAGUGAAGAAUAUGGAAAUUUAUAAACAGGAACAGGAGAAUAUGAUUGCCAAUUUAGAGAAUGAUAUUGCGAUGUUAUUGUCUGGUUGUUCUAAUGCAACUCAGAAAUUGCAGUGUGAAUUUGACCCUGAAUUGGUAACAGUGAACCGUGGGUUGUUUGCAGAGAAGAGUGAUGUUGGUGGAGAUGCAGUAGAGCAUCAGGAAAUGCUUAAUGACAGCCAAUAUGUUGAGAUGGUGGAGAAGUUGUUAUUUGCUGCCAAAAAGUCUCGAGCUCUGAAUAUGCAGUUUAUAAACAUUAAAAAUGUGUCAGAUGCAACCAUUGAAGAUCUGAAGAAUAAGUUGCAAGAGACUCAGAGAACUUCUGAGAAGGCUUUGGAAGAAAGUGAUCUAAACCAAGACAGGAUUUCCAAGUUGGAGUCUGAGGUCAAAGUGUUACAAGACUUGCGUAUUGAGAUGGAGCAUAAACUACAGGAUUGUCAGGCCAGAGAGGAUGUGAUGAAAGAAAGAGAAGCAGAACUUUCAUUAUUGUACAAUACUGUAUUGGCAAAACAGCAGGAGGAAGAAUCCCAUUUACUGUCAGCAUCUGAAAUGAAACUGCUCUUUGACAAGACAAAUGGAAUAGCAGUCCCUUUUCUAGAGUUAGAAGCAGGAGAUCAGGAGCUUCAUAAUUCAGCUAAUUUAAAGAAGCUGUUUUACAUAAUUGAUAGCAUUCCUGAAUUGCAGCACCAGAUCAAGUUAUUAUCCCGUGACAAGGAUGAGUUGCAUUCGAACCUCACAACACAGCUUUCUGAAAUUAAGCAUCUGAAGGAGGAAGCUGAAAUAAACAAAAGAGAUGAGCAAGAGAUGGAAAAGUUGAAGAGCAAAUUGUUUGAACUGGCCCUGGGUUUAGAAAAAAUUAUUCAGAAGUUGGGAGGUAAUGAUUCAGUUGGAGACCGGGAUUGUGAUCAUGCAACAGAACUGCUUGCAGUGUUAGAAAAGCUGGUUACAGCCAUAACUUUGGAAUCUGAAAAUUCUAAAUCUGAAGUCCAGGAGCUUGGUGUGAAAUUGUUUGAGAGCCAAAAGCUUGUGGAUGAAUUGUCAACGAAGGUCAAGUUGCUUGAAGAUUCUAUGCAAGAGAGGGCUCUACUACCAGGCUCUGUCCAGGAAAGGAGCAUCUAUGAGGCUCCUUCAAUGCCUUCUGGGUCAGAGAUAGCUGAAGUUGAAGAUUUGGGAUCAGUUGGAAAGAAGGCAAUAUCUCCUGUUCCCUCUGCUGCUCAUGUGAGAACCAUGCGAAAGGGUUCAAGCGAUCACCUUGCACUUAAUAUUGAUCCCGAAUCUGAUCGUUUAAUUAACCAUGAGGAAACUGAUGAGGAUAAAGGUCAUGUAUUCAAGUCGCUUAAUACAUCAGGUCUCAUUCCCAGGCAAGGAAAGACGAUUGCAGAUCGAAUUGAUGGAAUUUGGGUAUCUGGCGGUCGAGUUCUUAUGAGUCGUCCAAGGGCAAGGCUAGGCCUCAUUGUAUAUUGGCUUAUCUUGCAUGUAUGGCUAUUGGGCACCCUUUUGUGAUGAAGCUCAUUAUGAUCUACCCUCUUGAACACUCCCACAACCAACAUUCCUCAUCUGCAAAUUGUACCAUAGAUAGGUUUCAUCUUCUUUGUACCAUUUUUUCCUUCGCUGAUUGUGCCUAACAUUGCGUUAUUGAUUUUAGCUGCCCUAUAUUUAUUCUCUGUAAUCACAUUUUAGGGAUUCAGAGAAUCCAGGCCUCCCCAAUUUUGUGUUAUAGGUUAAUGUAUAAUGGAUGAAUGAUAAACAUUUGCCUAAAUAGAGGCCAUUUUUUCCCAAUCCUAUGUAAAUAUUAUAGAUUUGUUUUGUUCCAAAAA